AUGUUCUGGCAGCUGGCCCUGCUGGCUCUGUGGGUGUCCUCCACCUCAUAUGCCAGUGACCAGGAUGAUGAUAUGUCCUUCAACCUUUUCAGUAUCAGCAACAUAAACCGCAAGACCAUUGGUGCCAAGCAGUUCCGAGGGCCUGACCCCAGUGUACCGGCGUACCGGUUUGUCCGCUUUGACUACAUCCCUCCAGUCAACGCCCAGGACCUCAGCAAAAUGGCUAAGAUGAUGAGGCAGAAGGAGGGCUUCUUCCUCUUGGCCAGCCUGAAACAGGACAGCAAGUCCCGGGGCACCCUGCUGGCCUUGGAGGGCCCAGGGGCCACGCAGAGGCAGUUCGAGAUUGUCUCCAAUGGCCCAGCUGACACACUGGACCUCACCUACUGGGUGGAUGGGGCACAGCAUGUCAUCUCCCUGGAGGAUGUGGGCCUGGCUGACUCCCAGUGGAAGAACAUCACGGUGCAAGUAACAGGUGAGACCUACAGCCUGUACGUGGGCUGCGACCUGAUGGACAGCUUCACCUUGGACGAGCCCUUCUAUGAGCAGCUGAAGACGGAGAGGAGCAGGAUGUUCGUGGCCAAAGGGUCCUCCAGGGAGAACCACUUCAGGGGUUUGCUUCAAAAUGUGUACCUAGUGUUUGGCAAUUCUGUGGAAGAUGUUCUAAGCAAGCAAGGUUGCCAGCAAAGCCAGGAAGUGGAGGUCAAUGCCAUCAGUGAGAACACGGAGACCCUCCACCUGAGCCCACACGUCACAACCGAGUACGUGGGCCAGAGGUCAGAGAAGAAGCCGGAAGUGUGUGAGCACUCCUGUGAAGAGCUAGGCCACAUGAUCAAUGAGCUUUCCGGGCUGCACGUGAUUGUGAACCAGCUGCACGAGAACCUGAAGAAAGUGUCGAAUGACAACCAAUUCCUCUGGGAGCUUGUGGGUGGCCCUCCUAAGACCAGGAAUGUGACGGCAUGCUGGCAGGAUGGCCGCUUCUUCGCGGACAAUGAGACCUGGGUGGUGGAUAGCUGUACCACCUGCACCUGCAAGAAAUUUAAAACUGUUUGCCACCAAAUCACUUGCCCACCAGUGACAUGUGCAAACCCCUCCUUUGAGGAAGGUGAAUGCUGCCCCUCCUGCUUCCAUGCUGAAGACAGUGAUGAGGGCUGGUCUCCUUGGGCAGAGUGGACUGAGUGCUCAGUUACCUGUGGCUCGGGGACCCAGCAGAGAGGACGGUCAUGUGACGUCACCAGCAACACUUGCCUGGGGCCCUCCAUUCAGACAAGGUUGUGCAGCCUGGGCAAGUGCGACGACCGCAUCCGGCAAGACGGCGGCUGGAGUCACUGGUCCCCCUGGUCCUCCUGCUCCACAAGCUGUGGAGUCGGCAACGUCACUCGAAUCCGACUCUGCAAUUCCCCAGUCCCACAGAUGGGUGGCAAGAACUGCAAGGGGAGUGGCCGUGAGACAAAGACCUGCCAGAGCAUCAUCCCCUGUCCCGUUGAUGGCCGGUGGAGCCCCUGGUCCCCAUGGUCAGCAUGCACUGUCACGUGUGCUGGUGGUAUCCGUGAACGCACACGGGUCUGCAACAGCCCAGAGCCCCAGCAUGGAGGAAAGGCCUGUGUGGGUGACACCAAAGAGCAGCACAUGUGUAACCGGAGGAGCUGCCCUGUUGAUGGUUGUCUGUCUAACCCCUGCUUCCCGGGGGCAGAAUGCAACAGCUUUCCCGAUGGCUCCUGGUCCUGCAGUUCCUGUCCAGCCGGCUUCCUGGGCAAUGGCACACACUGUGAGGACUUGGAUGAGUGUGCCGUGGUCACUGACAUCUGCUUCACGACAAACAAGGCCCACCGCUGCGUGAACACCAACCCUGGCUUCCAUUGCCUGCCCUGCCCCCCACGCUACAAGGGGAGCCAGCCAUUCGGGGUUGGCCUGGAGGCGGCCAGGACAGAGAAACAAGUGUGCGAGCCUGAGAACCCAUGCAAAGACAAGACACACCACUGCCACAGGCAUGCCGAAUGCAUCUACCUGGGCCACUUCAGUGACCCCAUGUACAAGUGCGAGUGUCAAACAGGGUACGCUGGGGAUGGCCUCAUCUGUGGGGAGGAUUCAGACCUGGACGGCUGGCCCAACAAGAACCUGGUCUGUGCCACCAAUGCCAGCUACCACUGCGUCAAGGAUAACUGCCCCCAUCUGCCUAAUUCUGGGCAAGAAGAUUUUGACAAGGACGGGAUCGGGGAUGCUUGUGAUGAAGACGAUGACAACGAUGGGGUGAAUGACGAGAAGGACAAUUGCCAGCUUCUAUUCAACCCCCGCCAGUUUGACUAUGACAAAGAUGAGGUUGGGGACCGCUGUGACAACUGUCCGUAUGUGCACAACCCAGCACAGAUCGACACGGACAACAAUGGCGAGGGCGACGCCUGCUCUGUGGACAUCGACGGGGACGAUGUCUUCAAUGAACGAGACAAUUGUCCCUAUGUCUACAACACUGACCAGAGAGACACAGAUGGUGAUGGGGUCGGGGAUCACUGUGACAACUGUCCUCUCAUGCACAAUCCUGACCAGACCGAUGUGGACAAUGACCUCGUUGGGGACCAGUGUGACAACAAUGAGGACAUUGAUGAGGAUGGCCACCAAAAUAACCAGGACAACUGCCCCUACAUCUCCAAUGCCAACCAGGCUGACCAUGACAAUGAUGGCAAGGGUGAUGCAUGUGACUCGGAUGAUGACAACGAUGGCAUUCCCGAUGACAGAGACAACUGCCGACUUGUCUCCAACCCAGAGCAGGAGGACUCGGAUGGGGAUGGGCGGGGUGAUGCUUGUAAAGAUGACUUUGACAAUGACAGUGUACCAGAUAUUGAUGAUGUGUGUCCUGAGAACAAUGCCAUCAGUGAGACUGACUUCAGGAACUUCCAGAUGGUCCACCUAGAUCCCAAAGGCACCACUCAGAUCGACCCCAACUGGGUCAUCCGUCAUCAAGGCAAGGAGCUGGUUCAGACGGCCAACUCUGACCCUGGCAUCGCUGUAGGUUUCGAUGAAUUUGGGUCUGUGGACUUCAGUGGCACGUUUUAUGUCAAUACUGACCGGGAUGACGAUUACGCUGGCUUUGUCUUCGGCUAUCAGUCCAGCAGCAGGUUCUACGUGGUGAUGUGGAAGCAAGUCACUCAAACCUACUGGGAGGACAAGCCCACACGGGCGUAUGGCUACUCAGGGGUGUCCCUCAAAGUGGUCAACUCCACAACGGGCACAGGCGAGCACCUGAGGAAUGCACUGUGGCACACGGGGAACACGGAGGGGCAGGUGCGAACAUUAUGGCAUGACCCCAAAAAUAUUGGCUGGAAAGAUUACACAGCCUACCGGUGGCAUCUGACUCACAGACCUAGGACGGGUUACAUAAGAGUGUUGGUACAUGAAGGAAAGCAGGUCAUGGCUGACUCAGGGCCCAUCUAUGACAACACCUACGCUGGUGGGCGACUGGGAUUGUUUGUCUUCUCUCAAGAGAUGGUCUAUUUCUCGGACCUCAGAUACGAAUGCAGAG